GGUCGCCGGCGUUUCGAUGGCAACGAACGGCGCGGAGGGAGAGAGGGGAGGACCGGGUGAAGAUGGAGGAGGAGAGGAGGCGGAAUGUGGUGUACAUGUGCGGUUAUCUCCCCGGAGCCUCGCCGGAGAAGUCGCCGAUGCUCUCUCCGACGCCGGCGCGGGACCCCGGCGGAGACUCGUGGAAGGACGUCUUCGGCGGCGGCUGCGGGUUCGCCAUGGCGGUCUCAGAUUCUGGAAAGCUAAUUACUUGGGGUUCAGCAGAUGAUGAAGGUCAAAGCUACAUGACAUCAGGAAAGCAUGGGGAUACUCCAGAGCCUUUUCCUCUCCCUACUCAAGCGUCGGUUUUGAAGGCUGCUGCUGGUUGGGCUCAUUGUGUUACAGUAACAGAGCCAGGUGAAACAUACACUUGGGGUUGGAAAGAGUGUGUUCCUUCUGGCAAACUCAUCUCAGAUCUGGCUUUUGUAGGAAGCUUCCAAAAGGAAGUUCUCACAAGACAAAGUGCUUUAUUGAUGAGCCCUAGAUCUCAAGCCUCAAGCCCAAAUAGUGGGACGGUCAGUCAACUUAAUGACAGAAAGGUUGUUGAAGAAACUGUGAAGCGAAGAAAAGUAUUAUCAGCUAAACAAGAAAAUGAGAGUGUAACACCAGGGGAGGAAACAUUCACACCAUCACCUUGUCUUGUCAUCUUGGGACCUGGAGUGAGAAUUAGCACCGUUGCUGCUGGUGGGCGCCACUCUUUAGCCUUGUCAGAUGUGGGACAGGUCUGGGGUUGGGGCUAUGGAGGUGAAGGACAGCUAGGUUUGGGUUCCAAGAUAAAAAUGGUGUCUUCUCCUCAUCUAAUACCUUGCAUUCAGACACCCAAUCCGGGUAAAGAUGGCGCUCUGACCAGUAGCCAAGGAAGCAUCAGUUCAGGAAUACAGACUUCAAAAGCGCCUGGAAAUUAUGUGAAAGGAAUUGCUUGUGGAGGUCGACAUAGUGCGGUAAUUACAGAUGCUGGAGCAUUGCUAACUUUUGGAUGGGGGCUCUAUGGGCAGUGUGGACAAGGGAGUACAAAUGAUCAACUCAGACCAACUUGUGUAUCUUCUUUACUGGGAACUGCUAUUGGGGGAAUUGCUGCUGGUCUCUGGCAUACAAUCUGUGUUUCUACGGAAGGUCGAGUAUAUUCCUUUGGUGGGAACCAGUUUGGACAAUUAGGGACUGGUGGAGAAAGUGCAGAGAUGAUUCAGACUCUGCCCCGACUUUUGGAAUGUCCAGAUUGGAAGGGUAAGCAAGUGAUGAUGGUAUCUUCUGGAGCCCGUCAUAAUGCAGUACUGACAGAGGAUGGACAAGUUUUUAGCUGGGGAUGGAACAAGUACGGACAGGUCUUGGAGAUUCAAUUGAUCGCAAUAUCCCUUCCCACGUACCAAUCGAUGGCUGUCUCCCAAGAAAUGUUGCGUGUGGGUGGUGGCACACAUUGUUGCUGGCUGAAGUUUCCGUGUAGAUCUCUGACAUGUCACUUGUGAGGGCCAGGCAUAACAGUUUUGUUAGGAUAGGGGUUUCCAUUGAAUUGGUCCAUGUGGCAUGUGGAUGUAUAUUGUGUUUUCUUAGGUAAAUCUACCUAACAAAGAGCAUAUAUCAGGAGCUACUUUGACAAGGAUUAGGAAGAAAUUGCAGUUCUUUGUACAUAACAUGCAAAUUCUCAUUGAUUUCUAGUUUCAUCUAUGUACAUUUCAAUACUUCUACUGAGAGUAUUUGGCUGAUUGGAGUACUUUUGUCUUUUUC